AGCAGGCAGUCUUUUCUGUCUCUAAUGUUCCCUUGGCCAUGCAUGUCCUGGUUUUUCAUCUUUUAUUAUUUAGGAAGGGCCUUUCAUCUGUUUCUGAGCCUGGACAUGAUGAAGCUUGCCUUCACCUCCUCUUCUGCAUCUUUGAGCCCAAGGCAACGGCUGUUAGGAUGACUCUGCUUUUGGGUUAGGCAUGAUGGAGUUGUGUCUUCUUCUUGUUCUCUUCCUCUGAGGCCAGGGCAGAGGCAGUUGGGAUGGACCUAGACAUAAUGGGCUUGUAUCUGUCCCUUCUUCUGUUUCUUCAGGGCCAGGGCACAGGCAAUUGGGAUGAAUGGAGAGCCCUUUAAGACUAGGCAUGAUAGAGCUGUGCCUUCCUUCUUCUUCUCCUCUCUCUCUGAGGCCAGGGCAGAGGCAAAUGGGAUGUAUGGAUGUAUGGAGGACCUUUCAUCUACUAUGAUGCCUUUGUUCUAACAGCAGAUCUCCAAGGAUUGUAGUUUGAAAUUGCUCCAGGGCUUUGACUACCUUAUCAUUCCUAACCCUUGGGAUAUAUGGAUUGGUUAUAUAACAUCUAGUUUGAUGUGGAAAAGAACCUUCUAAUGCUUCCCCUCUUUGUUCAAGUUGAGUUCCUGUGCUUUGAAUACUUGUAAGUCUGCAGAUAAAUCCACUGGGGUCAACUGUUCCCAUCUAAGCACCCUCAAAGCUGCCGUUGCUGAAUUGGGUGGUUGUAAAGCCAGAGAUAUAAAAAGUGGCAGCCCUGCUUGGCUUUUGGGAAGCUGCUUAUUCAUUAUCCUUCCUAAUCAUGCUAAGUAAUGCUGAGGCAUGGCUUACAGAAUGUUUUUAUUCAAACAUUACCUCAGCUGCAAAAAGUCUCAACUAAACAGAAAUGCUUUUUGGCAACAGCAUUAGCUUCUGAGGUAACACUGGACUCAGCUCUUUACUUCUGUUUGCAAAGCAAGUUGGGAUAUUCAGGUGGUCACUACGGGAAAUGUGCUCUCCGAUGAGUCCAAAGCCACGUGAGCUGAAAGGCUUCUACUUUAGGUUACUAAAAGACAACAGUUUUUUUAAAGUAUGGGCCAGAUCUCCAGUUCAGUAUCUCUUGGAACCAGAGUUUUGAAAAAGGGGAAAGGCUCUAGGGCGGCAGAUAAGGCUGUUGCAAUGGUGAUGAAGGAGAUACCGAGGGAGGAGUCUGCCGAGGAAAAGCCCCUCCUUACUAUGAAAUCACAGCUGGUGAAUGAACAACAAGAAAGCAGACCUCUCCUGAGCCCUUCAAUUGAUGACUUUCUUUGUGAAACCAAAUCUGAAGCUAUUGCAAGACCUGUGACGUCAAAUACAGCAGUUUUGUCAGCAGGGUUGGAUCUCUUGGACCUGAGCGAACCUGUCUCUCAAACCCAAAGCAAAUCCAAAAAGCCAGACAAUUCAUCCCGAGGGGACGUCUUAAAGGCCUCGACCCACAGAAAGAAGUCAGACAAUUCAGACCUUAUCAGUGUGGCUGCAGAACAGAAGAUCCAGCCUCUCAAAGCUCCAGAAAAGUCUUCUUUGGAUUUAGUCAAUAUUCAGGCACAGCUAGAGAAAUGGGAUGACGUGAAGUUUCAUGGAGACAGGCUCAGCAAAGGUUUUCCAGCACCUGAGAAAAAAACAUCUUCCAGAGCCUCGUCAAAAGAAUUCUUAUGGUCUGCAGAAAAUAGCACUAAAUCAGAGGCAGCCAGUGUCAAAACUGCAUUGGAAUCUAAUUCAGCCUCAGAAUUAGAAUUAGCACCUGCACCAAAGGUUCGAUCUACCAAAGAGCAACGUUGGGGAGGUGCCCUCCUGUCACGACACCAUUCCAUGGAAGAGGAAUUCGAAAGAGCCAAAGCUGCUGUUGAGUCAGACACAGAAUUUUGGGAUAAAAUGCAAGCGGAAUGGGAAGAAAUGGCCCGCAGAAACUGGAUUUCAGAAAGCCAAGAAGCACAAGGCCAAGCAGCGGUUUCCAUUAAUGAAAAGGGCUAUUAUUUUCAUACAGAAAACCCUUUCAAAGACUGGCCUGGAGCUUUUGAGGAAGGACUCAAAAAGUUGCGAGAAGGGGAUUUGCCCCUCACCAUUUUAUACCUGGAGGCAGCAAUUCUCCAAGAUCCUCAUGAUUCUGAGGCUUGGCAGUUUCUUGGGAUAACGCAAGCAGAAAACGAAAAUGAGCAGGCAGCUAUCGUCGCCCUCCAAAGGUGCUUAGAGCUUCAGCCAAACAACUUGAAAGCGCUGAUGGCCUUGGCUGUAAGCUUCACAAAUACUGGCCAUCAGAAGGAGGCCUAUGAAGCAUUGAGAAGCUGGAUCAAGCAAAAUCCCAAAUAUAAAUACAUAACAAGGAGCAAAAAAGGGUCUCCAGCAUUGACUAGAAGAAUGUCCAAGACAGGCAAUGAAAGUUCAUUGCUCGAGGAGGUGAAAGAAUUGUACCUAGAAGGAGCUCAUCAAAAUGGUGAGAUGAUAGAUCCAGACUUACAAACAGGGCUCGGCGUGCUCUUCCACCUCAAUGGGGAAUUUAACAGGGCAAUAGAUGCUUUCAGUGCUGCUCUCACUGUUCGGCCAGAGGAUUAUUCAUUGUGGAACCGUCUAGGUGCAACCUUAGCAAAUGGGGAUCGAAGUGAGGAAGCCGUUGAAGCCUACACAAGAGCUUUGGAAAUCCAACCGGGCUUCAUCAGGUCCAGGUACAAUUUGGGAAUAAGCUGCAUCAACCUCGGAGCAUACAGAGAGGCAGUGAGCAAUUUCCUGACGGCUCUCAAUUUGCAGCGGAAGAGCCGUAAUCAACAGCAGGUUCCUCAUCCUGCAAUUUCAGGCAAUAUCUGGGCUGCUCUCCGGAUCGCUUUGUCUAUGAUGGACCAACCAGAACUUUUUCAGGCUGCUAAUGUGGGCGACCUGGAUGUUCUAUUAAAGGCAUUCAAGAUUGAGCCCUAAACACACAUGCACAUGCAUGCAAACAAACACACACACACAUCAAGCCCUUUAAAAUUCAGAAACCUUAUUGAGACAAUAAAGGAAAUAUCUUUACAUUCCUGGUUUGAUCAGAGAAAGGCGACUUGGAUGCUUUCCAGCUGAAAGGGAUUCUGCAAGUUUCUAGCAGAUCUCCAGAAAAGAAGUUGAAAAGCACAAAACUUUGUAAAUACCACCUUGCUCAAGUGUUUGCGAUGAACUGUACAAGAGCUACCAUGACACAGAUGGGAAUUGGAUAAAAAAUCCUCUUACCUGAAUAUUCUUUAUAAAACGUAUCAACCUAUAUGAAGAACAUUGUGUUACAUAAGCAGAAAAGCUUUGUAGAGAAGAGCAUUGGGUAACAUUUUCUUGGGAAUCUACUAAUCCAUUGGAUCUGCUGGGCAAGAGUGGUGGCUUGUAGUUCUGUUCUUCCAAGGGCCUGUUUUCCACAAAUAUGACCAUCGGUACUUGCAUGUUAGAGUAGCUGUGUUUACUCCAUCAAUAUAUUUACCAGGUAACCCUUUAGAGCUCAAAAUAAAGUUUUCUGGGUUUUAAAAGAAACCUGAAGUCUAAUCUUGUGAGGCCUGCUAUGGCAAAGAUCUCAUGAAAGUCAGGAAAAAUUCUACACAGAGGAAUUUGCAGGUCAAAUCAUAUAUUUUUGGGCACAUUGAGAAAACAUAUAUUGUACUUUGCACUAGAGGUUGGGAUAGGUAUCAUUAGGGCUGGCCCUAGCUGGGUGCCCUGGACAGGUCUCUCUGGGUGCACCUCUAUCCCUUCCCCCUUCCUAGAACCACAGGUUGUCUUUCAAAAACCCACACCUCAUUAGCUUUGAGGGUUAACUUCUUAUGGAGCUUUAACUUUCAGCCAUCUGUUUUCAGUGAUUAUGGAGGAAUGUUGCAUUGUAAACCAUUACUGGUGACAUAACAGUGUCUGAAGGUAGUUCAGAACAUUACAGAGAUAGAGUAAAAGAAAUGUAUCAUGCAGUUGGUAGAUAACUGCUAUAUGCUUCCUUCUCCUCCAUCAAGUGCUUAAAACAAUGGCAAGGAUCCUGUUGGUGUAUUACAUUGGUGUAAGUGUUAAUAAUAGUGGAGGGGAAAGGCCAUGAAUGCAACAGUCAUGAAGAACCUAAUGUGUUGGCAGAUUUUGUCGACCUGCCUUUGUCAGUGCUCCUCGACUAGAGAAAAAAUACAGUCACUAAUGCAGUGCACCAACAUGAUGCCAGCUUGUGUUGGCUGUAGAUAUAGCACAGACCUUGAAAAAGCUAUUCUUUUAGCAAACAAUUCCUGGAAGAUUCAUAGACCAUUGGUGGCUGGGACCGCCUGGGUAUUGCAAUAUAAAAAAUAACUUUUCCAAGCUUUGGUGAAGUGGCCAGACAGAGGUAACUUGGAUGUCCAGCAGCUGGCUGCAGAGAUGUUUGUUGUGCUUAGUGCACUGUGUUUUGAGCAGAGCUCACAACUUAAGUAGAAUCCAUGAAUGUAUGCACUUUAAUCGAGCUUUUUUUGGUUAGUUUAUAUUCUGGGGUUGGGAGGGAAAUGCAUGACUUUUUUUUACACUUUGACUUUAGGAACAAACUAUAUUGAUUCAGCUAUGCUGGGAUGAAGAUCCAAUAAGGAUUCCUCAAUGCAAAGUUACUACUUAAUAUUGCAAAGAGAAGUAAUCAAUUGCAGUCUCGUUCAGUUAGUUUUAUUAUAGAAGGGUUAAGAGAAGACAAACGUCAGCAAUGAAAGAGCACCUAUCUGUUCCCUUGUAAUUCAGCAAGAAAAUGAGGGACCUGGGUGUUUUUGCAAAAAGAUUAAAUUGAAAAGAAACUAGAUUGAAUGUUAAAAUAUCUAGUCUAGAUUCCAGAAUUCCUCUCUGUUGUAGAUGGUUAUAAGAUCCAACACUAAAAUAGGUUUCAUGGUCAAUGAGAAGUGAAUAGUCCCCAUGUAAUAAGUGGGAAGUCUAUUGAUUUUGGUAGGUCCCUUACCGAAACUUUAAAGUUACUUUUUGGGCUACAACUCCUGAAGUAUCACAGACACUUGCUGUGCUGGUUGAAGUAUUUGUUUAAUCUAAAAAUAUUAAAUUUCCCAGUCUCUGAUCUGAUACCAGAAAAUAAAGAGAACUGAAGCCCUCAAGGAAAUAAAACACCUUGAGAAAAACUCUUUUCAUUCAUAUUGACUUCUAAAGUAAUAGAUGUUAGACUGAAGACAGAAGCUUCAGUGGUUAUUGUGUUUUUCUUCGGGCAAUUGCGUUAUUCUAUAGGGAAUUGUAUGACGAUGGCAACCUUUCAAUAUAAAAGACACAAAUAAUAGUGAGAAUAUCAUUGUAAACAUUGCCAAUAUUUUUAGGUUCUUAAACAUUCAAAAUUGCAAAUAUAAAUAUUCUUUUAAAAAACAGAAAUUAGAACUCAGGCCUAACUAUAGCAGACCAGUGGGAUUUCCCAAUUUUGGCUGGCUCAGGUUCAGUAAUGAAUUCAAUAGGUAGUUUGAACUAACCAACAGAAUUUUAGCUGCUGUUUUCAUUACAAAAAUAGAAAGAAGAGAUUAUCGGUUACAAUUUGUGAAGCCUUGUUCAUGGUGGGUUGCUUUGUCAGUGCUGGUGUUAAUUCUUUUGCAUCAGAACAGGAUACUUGAAUCCACCAUAGUCACACUUUACUGUGAAAUCCUCACAGAGAUAGACUACAGCAUCUUCAUUCUGAGGCAUUGCCUCUUGAAGAGUUGUGAAUUGUUUCUCAAUCUUCUACCCUUUUGGCAUGUACAGUUUUCUUAAAAGUGCAAAGAAAACAACCAGGACAUUAAAAUGUUCCUACAAAUCCCACCAUUAAGACUAUUCAUAUUCCUGUGUCUAAUGUUAAUCUUCAAUAAAUUGGAAUCCUUAGAAAAUAACCCAAAGUACAUGAUGAAAGCAUUUUUAUUGUCUGUGACAGUUUAUAGUGUUGUUUAUCUUUCUGUUACCAUAUUUCUACCAUACAACCCUAAACAUAUCACCCAGUCUCUUCUGGCUUCAGAAGCUAAAUAUGGUCAGGCUUAGUUAGCAUUAAAAUAAAAUACCAGAAAAAAUUCCAGGUAUCUCUAGGAAGGAAUCCAGGGAGUUGUGGCUCAAAAAAAGUAACCUUUCCAAGCUCUGGUGUAGGUUAUGAUAUAUCAGAUGCCAAUAGACCAGCCUACCCUUUGUUGUCCCCAAAACACAGCAUGAGGACAAAUGUACUCUGGGGGAAAAACAAACAGUGCAGAAGUAAGAGGCAGAGCUCUCACACAGAUUGCAAUAAAACCUAGAUGGAAAUGAUCCAAUCCAUCUUACUGCUUUUCUUUGCAAUGAUAUUAUGAUGCUCUCUGCGCCAUUGCUAUUAUGCUAUCACUGCGUGUCUGCUGGAAAUGGCAAUUUAUUUUUAUGGCUUGUGGACAAGCCUCUUUGCUGCCAUUCCUUUGCCCUUUUUUCUGUUGUCCAGAAAGCUGCAACAGUUAAUCCUCCUAACAUUCGAAUGCUCCAGAAUACGUUACCCAAUAAGGGUUACUCAGUAAAGGAUUCUGAAUUGGUUAUCAGAAAAGGAAAUUAAAUGCAGCAAAAUUAAAACCUUGAGAGAAUGUCUUUUCAUUCCUGUUGUAACAUUGCUCCCAGAGUCCAGCAACUUGGAGACAAAUCUAAAGGCUGUAAACAGCCUCAUCCCAUUCUGCAUUUGCAUCCUUUUUGAGUGGCAGUUUUGGACAUUUUGAUACCGAACCUUAUGAGCUGCUAUUAGGCAGUGGGAUUGCAUGCACUGCUUGACACAGGGAUGCCACUCAAACUGGCAUCCCUGUGUCAACUAUUCUUCUGCCUAUCACCCUACCCCUUGAUCAAUAAUAUAUAUGCAUGUCCUUUCCCUUCUUCCACUCACACCAGGCAAUAAUAUGGGAACAGGGUAUGACAAUAAAGAGGUAUGACUGAUUGAAGGGCAGCUGAUAAGCCGAGACGAAAUUCGACACAAGGCUGCAUUAUUGGGCAGCCUCUACAUUUAGUGUCACACAUAUGUCCACUCGGUAUCUGCUGUUUUCCGGUUUUCUGGUAGACCGGUUAUUUCAACAGAGCCAAAUGCCAUCUUUAUCUUUUUAAAAACAACUCAAUUUCCUGAGCUUUAUAGACUUCUUUUAUUUACCCUCCAUUGAAGAUCAUUAUAGCUAGCUGAAACGUGUGUUAUCAGGAGAUGCGCACAGGAAGAGAAAUGUUUAAAUGAGCAAAUAUACCUAUAUAUAUUGUAAUUAUUUCUCCCCCUCCCUGAUAGCUGUGAAAGUUUGUAAAAAAGAAAAAAAGGCAAAAAAGAAAAAAUAUUUUUAAAGAAAUAGCUAGCCUCAGGUAUCAAGUGUAUUGCAUGCAGCCAUAUUUAACAUCUACAGCCCUGCUACUGGUAUAAUGCAUGCUAGCAAAGCAACAAUCUUUUAAAUGCAAAAGCAUGCUGUGCAUGUCUCAACGAUUCAACAUUCAUAAGAACAGAGUCAAUAUGCCAAGCAGCAAUUUGCUUCCGUUAGAUAACUGGGGUUGAAAGGUUGUGUCAAGUGACCUGAGAAGAAAUGAGAGGAGCGAAUUAUGUCACUUGGUUGGCAACAUGAAGCAUUAGGUGGUCUCUUCAGGUAGCAAUUUUUGCAAAACAUUAAAGGUAGCAAACUGCAAGUUAUUGCCACCCUGGGGUCUGAGCAGCAUUUUGCACUUUUCAGGCACCAAUCAGAUCAGGGCCCACUUUGAUCUGUUUUUCCAAACUCACUGUUCCUCUGCAUGGGUCAAUGAUCAAGACGGAGAAAAAGCGUAAAGAGUUUACAAAGCCUGAAAUAAAGAUACCCCUGGAACAAAGGAACCAAAUGUGGGAUAAAGUCACUUCCAGCACACAGGGUAUUUCAUUCAUCCUUGCAUGAGCUGGCAGUAGAUUCGGGUUUACAUCCAAUUGUCAGUCCCAACUAGAGCAGAGUCACUAAAUGAGAUUCACAUGAAUGUCGUGCAAGUGGUUCAGUGGGAACGAACGAUUGGUUUUAGGCUCAGGCUUUAUUUGGUGACUCUGAACUAAUGAACUGGAGCUAUAUGACAUCCCUUGUAGAUGGAGGCAACACUGGUCAAGGAGGAUGUCCGCACCUAGGAACAGACUGUUAUUGGCAACCUUUGAACUGUACUUGUAGUUGGUUCUUUAACAACUGCUUUUUCUGCAGUUAUUUUCAGGUGAACAUAUAUUUGUCUGAAACAUGAAAACAUAAGAAACUCACACACUGUGGGAAUAGAUGGUUUCCACAUCAGUGGGAAGUUGAGCCUAUGUUGGAUUUGAGUCCAGAUAUUAAAGUAGAUGGUGCUGAACUCCACACCAAACCCAGGUUCACCACCUUAGAUAUAGUCUUUAAUAUCCAGACCAAAUCUCAAGAGUGGGUGCACUAUCCCAUUGAUGUGCAAACCAUCAUGAAUCCCAUACCACAUGGCAGAACAUUUUUGUCCCGUGUGUAUAGUCUACAUUCAGUUCAUGAUUGCAUUUCAUAUGCAUAAGCAUAGAUUGGUUGUACAGUCAGUUGCACAAUGUUACAAUUCACUAAUGAGGCAACAUGUUCAACUACUACCUGUGGAUGUAAACUUAGUACUCCAUCUUCUUAGUUUAGGAUUUUUGUCAUUAUCUGCAUCAUGUUUUUUCUUAUUAUGACUAGAUACUGAAUUUUUGGGUAUGGGAUGUAAUGGCAAUGUGGAGGAAUUUUGUAGCUGGAUAUUAGAGGCAGAAUAAAUAUUAUUAAACAAAACUUUGGAAAUGUUAUUUUGAUUACCACUGGGGAAUAUGGGAAGUUCUAGUCUGAAAAGUAACCUUUUCUAAGCUCUGCUAUAAGCUCUGCUAUAGCACAAUUCCCUAUGAAGGCUGCUACUUAUAUUCACUUGCUCACAUUUAAAGCAGGAGUGGACAAAAGAGCUCCCCUAGAUCAGUGGUUCUCAACCUGUGGCUCCCCAGGUGUUUUUGUCUUACAACUUCCAGCAAUCCCAACCAGUUUACCAGCUGUUAGCAUUUCUGGGAGUCGAAGGCCAAAACAUCUGGGGACCCACAGGUGGACAACCACAGCUCUAGAUGAACUGAAGUAGAUCAGAAGGGGCUAGUGGUAUCACAUUACUUGAAUAAUCAACCAAUCCUUGCAAUGCCUCUACUAAUUGCUCAUUUUUUGCCACAGUGUUCCUCACUUGUAAGUUAUGAGCAUUCAUGGGUUUUCAUGGGAAAGGAUCUCUAUUCAGUUUUGGAAUGUUGCUGGAGCAAGUCAAUAUAAAUAUUUGUAGUUUCAUUAACAGGACUUUUUUUGGGGGGGGGGGGGAGUGAAAAUUGUACUUUCCCCUUGAACCUCCAUUUGAUGUUUUUCCAAGUCAUUUCCAACAUAUAGCAACCCUAAGGCAAACCUGUUGCAACUUUUUCUUGGCAAUAUUUGUUCAGGAGUUUGCCUUAGUUUUCCUCUGAAGCUAAGAGAAUGUGAUUUGCCCAAUAUAAUCCAGUGGGUUUCUGUAGUGGAGCAGGGAUUUGAACCCUGGUCUCCAGAAGGAUAAGUUGUGUCCACAUGCACAUGUAGUGCAAUGAAGCAGAGAUUGAAGUUAUGGUACUUUAUCAAUACUUCCUUUGUCUCAUACACAACCUAAUAAAUAUUCUCCACAGUGGGAGGAAAAUGAUGAGUAGGAUUCCAAGAGAUUAAUUCGUUAUAUUGUUUCAUUGCACCACCAAGCAAUCAUUUGCGUAUGGGGAGAGCCCAAAGCAUACUUUUCAAAAUCCAAAGUGAAGACAAUUCAUGUAUUCAACUACAAGUCAUGGAUAGAUGAGGCAACUGAAUGAUGCACAUGCAUGUGUGAAUAUCUCCCUCAUCCUGACUUUGCAAAUACAAAUCUAUGACUUGGUUGCAUUUGAAAGACCUCAGCCUUAAUAAGCUUUCUCUUCCUCUGUUUGCGUAACUUUUCUAUUUGUGUAUCAUGAGUGGACUGAAGAAUGACAUUCUAAGUUAGCAGCUUUUUAAACUAUCUGUACUCAGUUGUAAAUUUAGGGGAAAUGUUUAUAAAUAAAUAUAUAUUUUCUAUAUAAAGUAUAAAAUGCUCUAGAUGAAAUUAAGCAUAUAUAGUUUUGAACAGAAUCUUGUGCUGCCUCUAAUACAUGAUGUCAAAAUGUGAAGCUACAUAUCUAGAACCAAAGUUUGGGGCCUUGUUUUGAGGCCCAAUAAGAGUCCAUAGGAAGAAAAUAUGGAGGUCGUCCCUUAUUUGCAUCAGUGGAGAAAUUCUUUUGAUAGGCACCAAUCCUGCAAAUACUAACAAAUUACCUAGAACAAUUGUUUUAUCUAAAAUUGAGGGUGUGAUAAAACCAAUUGAGAAAUGUACUAACCGGGCCAAAGUAUUUUAAUGUUAUGAAAUCAUGUUUGGGCUGAGUAUCUCUUAUCCAUAAAUCUGAAAUACUGUAUCCAUAAUCCAAAACUGUCCACAUGCUGCCUGGGCUAUUUUAAAAAACCAAAGUGACUAAUUUCAUCAUUAAAAAUAAUAAUAACUGGGGUCAAUUUAACCUGCCCCAAAUGCUUAAAGUUCUGCCCAAGGCUGGAGCUUUGUGAUUCAAACCAGAAGUAAUGAAGACAUAUGUUUUUGCAGGAAUGGUUCCACAAAAUGCAAAAGAAGCAAAUGGGAGCAGAACGAAGUCCUAAAGCUGAAUGUUUUCAAAAUAUUCAAAAUACAUCCAGACUUGAAUAUUCUCCAAGCAAAUAAGGGGUAUAAGAUUAGUCUCCAAACAAUUACAAAAUUUGCCUCUAUAUAUUUAGUGCAUUAUUCGCUGCAAAAAAUAGUUUUAAAAAACACAGUUCUAUAGUUUACUGAAGCUUCCAAGUGAUGUUUUUGUGCUCGGCUCUUUAGCGCAAAUUAUGCUUUUAACUUGGAACUAUAUGGGUAUUUACGUGUUUCAUUUAUAAGGCUGUUAUAUUUGCAGAGCACUACAGUAAAUGUAUUUUUGUACGGUAAUGGAAGCAUGCCUUCCUCUGAUUCCUUUCUCACAUAUCAAAUUGUAUUUAUUUUCCUGUAUUUAUAUAAAAUUGUGCAAUUUUUAAAUAUGUUUUAAAAAUAAACUUUUGUGUGUGGCUUCACGUUGA